AUGAACAGAUCAACUUUGCAACCCAGAUUUGCUGGCAUUCAGCUGCGCUCUAACCUCUAUGCCCGGUAUCUGUCUUCGGAGACACGGACAGCUAUUGACAAAGCUGUCGCAUCUGCACCUGUCGUUCUUUUCAUGAAGGGCACGCCAGAGACGCCGCAGUGCGGUUUCUCUCGGGCCAGCAUACAAAUUUUGGGACUGCAGGGAGUGGACCCGAAGAAAUUCGUUGCAUUCAAUGUGUUGGAAGAUUCAGAACUUCGUCAGGGUAUCAAAGAGUAUUCAGACUGGCCCACAAUUCCGCAAUUGUAUUUGGAGAAGGAGUUCAUCGGUGGUUGCGAUAUAUUGAUGUCUAUGCAUCAAAAUGGAGAACUUGCUAAAUUGCUCGAGGAGAAGGGGGUCCUUGUGGCGGCCGACUAA